GUUGGAGCGCCCGAGGUCGCGGGGAGUACCGUCGGCGAACAGACACACCGCCCAGAUUAUCUCCAAACUUGGAUAAUGUCUACUGCCUUAGUGGUGACACAUCAUCUGAGAGAGAACACAGAGAGAGCAGAUCAUUUCCUCUUUUGUGGAUCUACCUUGUCUGAGAUUAUUGAAGAAACAGAAUAUAUUAAAAAGAUUCGUUCCACGCUAGCAAAAGUUCAGCCUCUGUUAUUUAAAAAGGAAUUCAACCAUAGCAUUGAAAAUGGCUCGCUGGAUUCAAAGCUGCAUUUUACAGAAUCUGGACUGGUCCCUGAUGAAGAGACUCUGUCUUCCAGUAACGAGGAGACCUUAAAAAAGAUAGAAGUAAUAGAAAAAGAAUUAUUAUGGGUGAACAAAGACAACGAAAGGCUAAAGAUGAAGCUUGAAGCUUUAAGGGCAGCUGGUGCCCAGUGUGUGAAGCAUAGCUCCCAAAAGCUCCAGGAGAAUUACACAAAACGCUCUGAAGACAUGAAGAAAAGACAAGAAGGAAUCAUAAAUAAAAUGAAGGCCCGCAAACUUGAACAAGAACAGAUCUUAAAGCAAAGCACGGAAAGCCUCAGCCAACUAAGCACGCAGCUGAAUGAGAAAUAUGGCCAGAUUGAAGAACUGGAAAAACGAGUACAGAGGAUGGAAGAGGAGAAGAAAACACUGGAUGAAAAGAAACAGCUUUUAAAACAGAAGUUGCAUCAGAUGAUGUCAAAAGCGGAGAAUGCUCGAAGCUGUGUAAAAAUUCAGUCAGAGAUGUGUGUUCUUCAGGAGCAAAUUACUCACCUGGACCGUGUGAUCCAUUCUCAGCAUCAACAUUUGCACAAUCUGAUUCGCCAGAUCGAGGGGCUGAAUAAUGAACUGAAAUAUCAGGAUGAAAGAAUAGAAAACUUAAAAGACCAGCUAGCAAUGCUUCAAGUAAAGAACAACGAACUGAGGUGUCAAGUGGAAUUCCAGAAGAGCCAAUCAAAACCAAAAAUCUCCAAAGCUGUUUGCACAAGGAUUGAUGAGGACUUGCCAUACAUUGUAAUAUCCAGACUACGCAAGUGACCUAUUGCUAUGAGGUCUGAACCUUCCUCAGGUCCAUUACAAGGAUGGUUAUUUCUUUCCAGAAUAACGUUUCCAUGCAUUUCCAUUGGAUUUACCCGCACAGUGAACUUCGGCAUCACCUAACAAAUUUCAUCUUUUGAAUUAAUGAAUGGAAUCUCAAGAUGGUCUUCUAAGAGAAGAAGUAAAUUCAGAUGUGACAGAAGGCAUCCAGGAGGCUGGGACAUAUGGAGGGAGAGAGUCAUCUAUGGGCCCAUUAUUAGAAGCAUUGUGGUCAUUCUUACCGGUGAUGGAAAUGCAUUGGCUUCAGAACUCAUUCAUCCAUAAGGACCAAUGACUUCCUGCAAGUUCUAUAACGUGCAUCUGAAUCUACACUGAAGAAUAUUACGGUGGACUAAGGCAGCUGGAUCAAAUAUAUGAUGUGGAGCUCAGAUAUGUCGCUCAGCUGAUCCACAACUGACUAAUACUAGUUUUGUGAGAAUUCUCUCUUCCUGGUUUUGGAUACCAGGCGAGAGAGAGAGAAAAAAGAUGAAUGAGCACUUGUGUGGAGACUGCAUCAAUCUAGUAGGAAAAAAAAAAUCUCUCAUCACACCAAAUUGCAGCUCUUAGUAUUAUAUUUUAUGGAAAACUAGCUGAUAACCCAACGUUGCCCAGGUAUUUAUUUAUCCCAAUCCUGUAUUAGACAGGAAGAGCAACUUCACCCUGAGCCCUGGUUUUGGUGAGAAUUAAAUUAGUUAAAAAUGUUUUCUCUGUGCCCCCAGAAGCGUCAAGUAAAAUGAUACCACCUUGUUGUUUUGCUAGCCGAUCCAUGAUUGUUUGGAAUGCUUUUUUCUGAUCUUGAUUUAGAAGUGGCUUCUUGUCCACCAUAUAUGCAUUAAGCUGUUCGAUGUUGUAGUUCUUUUCUCGUAGGUAAUCUGCGUGAAGUAGGUUGUAUCAGUCUCAUAGUGGUGCAGGCAGGCCGAGUUGCAGUAAUGUUUUAUUGAUCAUGGCCAUACAUUUGUCCUCAAGAAUCAGCAGCGCCUUGUUGAAAAUGUCUGGGCCAAACGUAAUUUCUAAUGUUGGAUUUUCCCCCUUACCAGAGGAAGCCCCCUUGUGGAGUACUGUGAAGCCGUUACCAUGGCAACUCCACUGUGCUGCACAGUAGAAGCUAUUUUAAGGCAGUACAGUAGAAGCCAUUUUAAGGCACAACAGGCUGUAUCUUAACAGAACAGACACCCCAAGAGGUGUUAGAGGUGUCUUAUCCCCACAGUAUUUCUUUUCAGAGAGUAAGUCAUCUGUGUACCAAGUUUGGUUGAAAUUGCUCAAGGCGUUCCAGAGUUAUGCUGGAACAUACACACACA